AACAGAUUCAAAUCCUUUGAAUUGGCGUAGGUUGAAUGAGCUUGAUUGCGCAGCACACACAACAAGUACGCUUGGAUUCGGCAAAAUUGAAACUUGAUUCUUACCCUCAUCACUGGAACUUCUUUGUGGGUAUUGAUAUGGGUUUGCCAAGGUUUGGGCGUCCCAAGAAUGAUGGUGAGUUGAGUUCGAACCUUUACGUGGCCAAUUGUGGGCCCGCAGUGGGGAUUUCCGAUGAUAACAUUGCAUCUGUGUUCUGCAAAUUUGGAGAGCUUAAGGGAGUUUAUGCAGCAGAUGAGAGUGGGACACGUGUCAUUGUGGCGUAUGCUGAAGAGGGUUCUGCACAAGCUGCCUUGAAGGCAUUACAUGGACGCCCAUGUCCUGAACUUGGAGGUCGAUCCAUGCAUAUCCGUUAUUCUGUGCUUCAGCCAACAACACAGGAUCAAGCUAGUGACUUGGUUCCUGUAUCUAUCUCUGCAUCAGAAGUGAGCAUUCCAGGCCUUUACCUAAUUCAAGACUUCAUUAGUGCUAAAGAAGAAGAGGAACUGCUUCAGGCUGUUGACUGCAGGCAUUGGAACAGUCUUGCAAAAAGAAGGGUUCAACACUACGGUUAUGAGUUUCGUUAUGAUACUAGGAACGUUAAUACAAGGCAUUGCUUAGGUGAACUUCCGUCAUUUGUUUCUCCAAUACUAGAAAGAAUUUCAUCAUGUCCAAGUUUCAAGAAUGUUAAAAAUAUAGUUUUGGACCAACUUACGGUAAAUGAGUACCCACCUGGAGUGGGUCUGUCCCCUCAUAUAGACACUCACUCUGCAUUUGAAGAUUUAAUUUUCAGCCUUUCAUUAUCAGGGCCCUGUAUAAUGGAGUUCAGACGGUAUGAAAAUGGUGAUCGGCUUCCUAAAGUUGCCUCAAGUUCUAUUGCAAAAGCAGAAAAUACAGAAGAUCAAUCAAAUUUUAUAAGGAGAGCUAUCUAUCUUCCUCCUCGGUCUUUGCUACUGUUGUCUGGAGAAGCACGUUAUGCAUGGCAUCAUUACAUUCCACAUCACAAGAUAGAUAAAGUUAAUGGCAAUAUCAUUAGAAGAGCUUCAAGAAGGGUAUCUUUUACAUUUCGUAAGGUUAGAGCAGGUUUGUGCAAAUGUGAAUUUCCUCAGUAUUGCGAUUCUCAAAGAUAAGGUUUCACUAGUAUUGAGAGUUGGACCGGUAUAACCUGAGGUGUGUUCUGCAUCUGUUUGUGCUGUUUCUUGAUAUUAUAAUACUCACACACAUGCAAGAUGUUUCUUUGAUUAUGAAUAUUUAAAUAGAUUGUUGUGGGAUUUAGGAUGGUUUUUCCAUUAUAGGUCACCAGUUCUUCACCACCAUAGCUUCAUUCAGUUAUAUUCAUUGUCACUACCAGCCCUAACCCCAACAUUUCUAUUUCUACAACAUUGUCAUUGGAUUUUUUUUCUUAUCUGAUUCGUUUGAUGAAAUGUAUAAUGCUUAUAACUACUAACUUGGGCAUGUUUUUUUUU